GUGCCCGCCUCUUCUCUCUUCUCCUCCCCUCUCCUCUCUCUCCUCCCUGGCUUGCAUGCACAGCAACAGCCAUGGCCGAGGACAAGCUCUUCAAGGCCGAGUAUGCAAAGAGCGGGCGCGCCUCCUGCAAGAAAUGCGGCGAGAGCAUCGCCAAGGACUCUCUGCGGCUCGCGAUCAUGGUGCAGUCGCCCAUGUUUGAUGGCAAGGUCCCGCACUGGCACCACUACUCCUGCUUCUGGAAGCGGACGAGGGUGGGGGCUCCGGGAGAGGUGGACGGGCUGUCCGACCUGCGGUGGGAAGACCAGGAGAAGAUCCGCAAGUCCGUGGAGACCGGUGGGGGCGGCGCAGGAGGGAAGGGCGGCGAGGCGGGGGAGAAAACCCUGGCUGACUUUGCCGUGGAGUACGCCAAGUCCAACCGGAGCACGUGUAAAGGGUGCGGCGCCAAGAUCGAGAAGGAUAAGGUGCGCCUCUCCAAGAAGAUGAUGGACCCGGAGAAGCCUCAGCUGGGGAUGAUCGAUCGCUGGUACCACCCGGACUGCUUUGUGUUCCGCAGGGCCGAGCUGGCCUUCCUGCCCACCCACAGCGCCACCCAGCUCCGCGGCUUCAGCAGUCUCUCCGCCGACGACAAGGCUACCCUCAAGAAGGAUCUUCCGGCAAUCAAAACCGAAGGGAAGAGGAAAGGGGACGAAGCUGACGGGGAAACGACCGGGAAGAAGAAGAAGAAGAAAGAUGAGAAACUGGCAAAGCAGGAGAAGGAGCUGAAGGAGCAGAGCCAGCUGAUUUGGGGCAUCAAGGACUCCCUGAAGAAAAGCUGCUCCACCAAUGACCUGCGGGAGCUGCUCAUCGCCAACGGACAGGAGAUCCCAUCCGGGGAGUCCGCAAUUGUGGAUCGGGUGUCGGACGGGAUGGCUUUCGGGGCCUUGCAGCCCUGCGGGCAAUGCCAGGGGCAGAUGGUGCUGAAGGACGAUGCCUACACCUGUACCGGGAACAUCACCGCCUGGACCAAGUGCAGCUUCACCACCCAGAGCCCCCAGUGCAAGGACUGGAUCACCCCCAAGGAGUUCCACUGCGUCGCCUACCUGAAGAAGUUCAAGUUCAAGCGGCAGGGCCGGAUCUUCCCGCCGGAGCCUCCGGCAGCCGAUUGCCGGCCCGGUGACACCGACACUCCCUCGGCUGCGGCAGGCCCGCCGCUGACCAACCUGAAGGUUCUUCUGGUGGGGAAACUCUCGAAGAACAAGGAGGAGCUGAAGAGCCUGGUGGAGGAGAUGGGCGGCAAGACCACUACCUCUGCGAACAAGGCCCAGCUCUGCGUCAGCUCCCAAAAGGAGGUGGACAAGAUGAGCAAGAAGAUGGAGGAGGUGAAGGCGGCCAGCGUCAGGGUAGUAUCUGAGGACUUCCUCCUGGACCUGCGGUCGGGGAAGGGGCUCCCGGACCUGCUCUCCGCGCACGCUAUCUCCCCCUGGGGCGCCGAGGUCUCCAAGCCGCCGGCUGCUGCCGCCGCGGCCAAAUCCGCCGGGAACAAGGCAGCAAAGAACGCCAGCAGCAAGGUCAAGCAGGAGGAAGGUUCUGGCAAGUCAGAGAAGAAGAUGAAGUUGACGGUGAAAGGAGGGGGAGCCGUGGACCCCGACUCGGGUAAGUGGGCAAAUCCAGGCCCAGGCUCUGGCCUGUGGGGUCGUGGGGUCACUGCCCGGAGAUGGGGGAAGGCCAUUUGGCCCUUCGCUUUUAUGCUGGCUAAAGACAGGAGAGAUGCUGCCUCCCCACUCCAGAGACCCCGGUUCGAUCCCGACCUCGGGUGCUGUCCGUGUGGAGUUUGCGGCUACAGCUCAGGGUGGGGGCUGUCGGACUUCAAAAGGGGAGAGACACCUGAUAUGAGCACAGGUCCAUCGCUGAUUUUCCGGCACCCUUGGGUCCAGAGCCUUGUCGGUCUGCCGGUCGCGGCCCCCGAGAGGAGCCUGAUGGUACGGGAACAGUCCGGCAGGGAGCCAGGAUACCGGCCCACAAAGCCGGCUCCCGGCGGGCCACAGUUCCAGAGGCCCGGCUGCAGGGUGGAAUGUUCAAUCCGCCGAUGGACUGCAGAAGUCCCGAUGAGGUUGAGAUCGGCCGUCCGCACUACCCAGGCGCCACGUUUCCGGGAUUUCAAUGCGCUCUCGUACUGGGUGUUCCGCUCCUGGGGCCGGGUGGGCACCACCAUCGGGGGCAACAAGGUGGAGAAGAUGUCGUCGCGGGAGCACGCGGUCGACCACUUCCUGGGCCUGUACGAGGAGAAGACGGGCAACGCCUGGCAGUCCAGCAACUUCACCAAGUACCCCAACAAGUUCUACCCGCUGGAGACCGACUACGGGCAGGACGAGGAGGCGGUGAAGAAGCUGACGGCCAGCUCGGGCACCAGGUCCAAGCUGGAGAAAGCAGUCCAGGAACUGAUCCGCGCCAUCUUCGAUGUGGAGAGCAUGAAGAAGGCCAUGGUGGAGUUUCAGAUCGACCUGCAGAAGAUGCCCCUGGGCAAACUGAGCAAGAGGCAGAUCCAGAGCGCUUACUCCAUCCUCAACGAGGUUCAGCAGGUUGUUGCCAGUGCUGGGCCCGACUCUCACAUACUGGACCUGUCCAACCGCUUCUACACUCUCAUCCCGCACGACUUUGGCAUGAAGAAGCCCCCCCUGCUCAACAACGAGGCCUACAUACAGGCCAAGGCGCAGCUGCUGGGCAGUCUGCUGGACAUAGAGGUGGCCUACAGCCUGCUGACGGGAGGCCUAGACGACGAGGCCCAGGAUCCCAUCGACAGCAACUAUGAGAAGCUGCACACGGACCUCCAGGUGGUGGAUAAACACACGGACGAGGCCAAGAUCAUCACGGACUACGUGAAGAACACGCACGCCGCCACCCACAACCAGUACCACCUCGAGGUGUUGGAGAUAUUCCGUGUGCGGAGGGAGAGUGAGGAACAGCGCUUCCAGCCCUUCAGUGAGCUGCACAACCGCCAGCUGCUGUGGCACGGUUCCCGCACCACCAACUUCGCCGGCAUCCUGUCCCAGGGGCUCCGCAUCGCCCCCCCAGAGGCCCCCGUGACGGGCUACAUGUUUGGGAAGGGGGUCUACUUUGCCGACAUGGUGUCCAAGAGUGCCAACUACUGCCACACGUCGCAGGCUGAGCCCGUCGGACUGGUCCUGCUGGCCGACGUCGCCCUGGGCAACAUGCAUGAGCUGAAGCGGGCUAGCCACGUCACCAAGCUGCCCAAGGGCAAGCACAGCGUGAAAGGCGUGGGCAAGACGGCCCCGGACCCUAGCGCCACCAUCAAGCUGGACGGAGUGGAGGUGCCGCUGGGCAAAGGGAUGCAGACACCGGCUGCAGACUCCAGCCUACUGUACAACGAGUACAUUGUCUACGACGUGGCUCAGGUCAACAUCAAGUACCUGCUGCGGUUGAACUUCAAGUACAAGACCUCCCUGUGGUGAAGGCUCUCAGUUCCACCCCACGCCCCCGGGCUGGGGAGGAGAGGGAGCGGCUGUGACACAAGGCCCUGCUCCCAUGUAGCCACUGAACCAGGGAAGUGGGGCGGGGUGGGGGGAGGGUCAGAAGAAUCUUCCCCUCCCUGCCUCCUCCUCCCCAACCCCAAUCCCAGAACUCGAAGCUGAUAAAAAGCCAUACAUACGCAAGCAUUGAUUUAGAUUUUUAAACGCAAAUAAUAAAUGCUGCAGUUUAUUUGGCUCGGGUGACGGUGGACUAUGAAGGAGGCUUUGUUGUUAGUGUAAACUGUUCGGACUUUUGGUUUACUUGUGGGAAACUAUUGACGGGGGAACGGGACUGAUUGGCAAGUCAGACCUGACCAGGGGCUGCAAACCUUUGCAUUCACUCCCAUCUUUGGUUGCCUUCUGUUGAAGGGAGAUUCUCUCUCUUCCUCUCCCCUCAUUUCUUUUCCUUCAGGUUUGUUGAUUUCCCCCCAUCCCCCCCCCUUUUUUUAUAUGUUGUGAAAAAUAAAAGGAUGGCUUGAACUGACA